AUGGCUGCUGCACUUUGGAAGAUCAAAUCUCUGGACCUGGGCUUGUGGAUCUGUCUCCUGCUCCUCAACCUCCUUCCUCACGCCAGGGCAGUAGUUGGACACAGAGAGCCGCUGCCUGAUGAUAGCAAAGACAAUAUCACCAUAUUCACCCGGAUCCUAGACAGGCUACUGGAUGGAUACGACAACAGGCUACGUCCUGGGCUGGGAGAGAGUGUGACUGAAGUGAGGACAAAUAUCUACGUGACGAGUUUCGGGCCGGUGUCAGACACAGACAUGGAGUACACCAUCGAUGUCUUCUUCCGUCAGAGUUGGCGGGACGAGAGGCUUAAGUUCGAUGGGCCCAUGCAGGUGUUACCCCUCAACAACCUCCUGGCCAGUAAGAUCUGGACUCCUGAUACCUUCUUUCACAAUGGAAAGAAAUCUGUGGCCCACAACAUGACGACUCCCAACAAACUGCUACGACUGGUUGACAACGGCACGCUUCUCUACACGAUGAGGUUGACCAUUCAUGCCGAGUGCCCCAUGCACCUGGAGGAUUUCCCGAUGGAUGCACACGCCUGUCCUCUGAAGUUUGGAAGUUACGCUUACACGAACAAUGAGGUGAUCUACCUUUGGACUCAGGGAGACGAGAGGUCUGUUUCUGUGGCCGAGGACGGCUCAAGGUUGAACCAGUAUGACCUGCUGGGACACGUUAUUGGCAAAGAGACCAUCAGCUCCAGCACAGGUAGAAGAGGAGAAUAUGUAGUGAUGACAACAUAUUUCCAUUUGAAAAGGAAAAUUGGCUAUUUUGUGAUUCAGACCUACCUGCCGUGCAUCAUGACUGUCAUACUGUCUCAGGUCUCGUUCUGGUUGAACAGAGAGUCGGUUCCUGCUCGCACUGUGUUUGGGGUCACCACUGUCCUAACCAUGACCACCCUGAGCAUCAGUGCUAGAAACUCCCUCCCUAAGGUGGCCUAUGCCACUGCCAUGGACUGGUUCAUGGCCGUGUGCUAUGCCUUUGUCUUCUCUGCCUUGAUUGAGUUUGCCACAGUCAACUACUUCACCAAGCGCAGCUGGGCAUGGGAUGGGAAAAAAGAGGGCAUGGAAAUAAGGGAACCGUUUCAGGCUAACAUGGCCAGGAUUAACGAUAUGAGAAGAGAAUCUGCGACCUUGUCCAAAAAGACAAACAACACCUUCAACAUUGUCGGAACCACAUACGCCAUCAACGUUGCUAAAGACCAAGGUUUGACGACCAUUUCCAAGAGUGCCACUGCAGCGGCGGCCAAACACCAGUAUAUGCAUAAAAUGGAGGACCCCUACACGGAGGCCAAGAAGUCCUACAACCGUGUCAGCAAAGUGGACAAGAUAUCACGCAUCAUUUUCCCAGUUCUGUUCUUCAUCUUCAAUUUAGGCUACUGGGCCACAUACGUCAACAGAAAGCCUGCUAUCAUGGAGGCAAACAACCAAAACUGAAUUUGACCGAAUGCUAGGCCUGAUCUGGUUUGGUUCACAGUGUAGAUGGGUUGCAGAAGGCCAAAUCCAUUACAUCUUAUUGUGUGUUUCUGAGUGUGUG